AUGGGAGCCACAGGAACCUCCUCCACCCCCGACGGGAGCCAGGACGGGCGGUACGGCUCCCCCGAUCGCCGCGCUGGUGCCGCGGCGGGCAUGGCCCCCGACACGCCCUUUGCCCAGGGCCAGACGCCCCUGCGCCCCGACAGCAGCGCGGGCGCCUCCCCCGCGCCCUCGUCGCUGGGCCAUGGCCCGGGCACCCCGGGCCUCCCCCCUCCCCACCCGCACACUGGGGAGUUUCAGGGGAGCCUGAGGCGUAUGACCAACAACCUGAUGGAGAUGUUUGACCAGAUGUCUAGCAAGAGCGUGUUGCCAAGCGGAGCGGGCGGCUCUGCCAUCGGCCAGCGCGGUGACAGCGUGGCCACCAUCGCCGACCUGGAGAGUGGCGACCCCAAGCCCGCGGGCGACGCCGAGUCCAUGAACCCUGUUCAGAUGCGGCGGCUGACCACCGGGAUCGUGGACGUGCUGCGCCAGCUGCAGGCCAGCGGCGGCGCGGGCGCGGUGGAGGACCCUGAGAUCGUGGUCGCCCGGCACCGCCUGGGCCUGGGCAAGGACGACGUGCUCCUGCCCGACAACGUGUCAGAGCUGAGCCUGGACGACAAAUUGAGCCUGAUCUCGGGCGGCACCUCCACCUCCGGCAAGGAGAGCUAUUCCUCGCUCAACAGCCACACGGCCCUGCUCAAGGGCUGGGGCGGCCUGAAGACCGACGAGGAUUACAAGGGCGACACCGUGCACCCCUGGUAUGUGGACCUGGCCACCCACACCUCCUCCCUCCGCGACGGCGACGGCGACGCCACGCCCAAGCCUGGCGCGGAUGACGGCGACCACGGUGUGCCCACCUUCAUGCAGAAGCAGCGCAAGAUCAACAUCUGGGGCACCUGCGUCGCCGUCAUCUUCUUCUGCGCCUUCUUCUUCUACGUCGGCAUCCGCAUCAAGUACACCCUGGGCCUGGGCAGCCUGCUCUGGUAUGGCAUCUUGGUGCUGGCCGUGGAGAUGAUCGGCGGGCUGGCCCAGAUGCCGUACGCGGUGUGCCUGACGAUGCGCGUGGUCAACUGCCGCCCGCCCGCGCCCGACGAGAAGGGCGUGGUGCGCACGCUGGCGCCCUACCACAUCCGCGUGCUCAUCCCGUGCUACAAGGAGCCGCUGGACGUGGUGUCCAAGACGGUCAUGGCGGCCCUGUUCGCCACCGUCCCCGCAAACUGCCAGCGCACGGUGUACCUGCUGGACGACGGGCGCGACCCCGAGAAGCGCAAGUUCAUCCACUCCCUGCGCGUGCCCAACGCGGUGUAUGUCUCCGGGCGCAAGCGCGCGCCCGGCGAGAUGAACGGCAAGUCGGCCAACAUCAACAACGCGGCGCGCGCGCUGUACCCCGGCGACGGCGCGGCCAUCCCCCUGACCGAGGUGCUGUGCGUGUUUGAUGCGGACCAGGUGCCCAACGCCGACUUCUACCAGAAGAUGGUGCCCAUGCUGGACGGCGGGCAGGACGUGGGCAUGGUGCUGAGCCCGCAGACCUUCUACAAUCUGAACCCGGAGGGCGACGUGUUCAACCACGCCAACGUGCACUUCUGGGACUACACCCAGCCCGGGUACGACGCGCUGGGCCUGAUCUCCUGCACGGGAACCAACUUUCUGGUGCGCGCGCGUGCCUUCGCCGACGCAGGCUGGUUCCCGGAGUGGACGCUGACCGAGGAUUUCGCGCUGGGCAUCGAGCUGAAGCGGCGCUACUGGCAGUGCCGGUACGUGCAGGAGUACCUGGCCAUCGGCGAGGCGCCCGACGAUGUGCGCAAUUGCUUCCAGCAACGCUCGCGCUGGUCCAAGGGCCACUUCCAGACCUUCUUCUCGCGCCACAACCCGGUGAUCCAGAGCGGGCUCAGCCCCCUUAUGCGCUGGAUGUACGGCUCGGUCAUCCUGGCCUACUUCUCCGCCUUCCUGGGCACGCCCCUGCUCAUGCUGGUGCCCAUGAUCACCGUCUGGUUCGGCUCCUUCCCCAUCGUCAUCAACUUCUGGGCAGCGGUGUGCAUCACGGUCUACUAUGGGGCAACACUCCUCCUCAACUACUACACCCACUCCCUUGGGCAUCUGAAGUCGAUGUGGUUCACCGGCGUGUCCAACUGCAUCCUGUGGUAUGCCUUCCUGAAGGCCAUGUACCGCUCCACCCUGGGCCGCUACAUCGACGGCUCCAUCGUGUUCAAGGUCACGGCCAAGGGCCUGCAGCGCAUGGGCGCCCUCCCCCUGCGCGACGUCUGGAUGGCCGCCUUCUUCUUCGUCACCAUGAUCGUCACCCUCAUCUUCGGCCUGAUCCACUACAGCCGCGGCCCCGCCUCGACCCCCCUCGUCAUCUCCCUCAUCUUCAUGGCCCUGAACCUGGUGCCCAACUACCUCCUCCUCCAGUACGCGCUGUUCCGGCGGCCCGCCUUCUUCAACAUCGUGUGCCGCGUGUGCAUGCUGCUGAUGACCUUCCUCACCAUCUUCGGCAUCGUUCUGGUCUGGGUGCUCUACCCGCGCUCCUACAACUUCCCCGCCGCCGUCAACUCCUCGCUGGUGUUCAUGAACACCCAGCGCGUCGGCGCGCUGCCCAACGACCUGGGCGUCUCCUGGCGCGGCUCCGCGCUCACCCAGGAGGCUUCCUGCGUGGUCUGGGUGGCCUACAACUCCACGGCCUUUUUGCUGGAGUCGGGACCCUGGGACCUGGAGGGCGGCUGGGUCACGGGCAUGGACGCGGGCGCGCUGAAGGCCACGCUGCCCAUCGCCUUCUCCACCGCGGUCAUGGCCUGGGGCUACGAGUCCUACACGGCCGCCUUCUCGGAGGUGGGUGCGGCCGACGACCUGCUGUCCAACAUCCGCUGGGGCAGCGACUACCUGCUGAAGACGGUGCAGGCCGUGGGCGGGUCGACCUACAUCCUGUCGCGCAUCGGCAGCGUGGCGGAGGAGGAGCUGCUCUGGCGCCGGCUGGAGGACAUCACCGCCCCCCGCCCCGCCUACGUGGUGGACAUGGCCAAGGGCGCCUCGGAUCUGGGCGGGUCGGUGGCCGCGGCGCUGGCCGCCUCCUCGGUCGUCUUCUCCGGGACGGGGGACACGGCCUACGCGGCCACGCUGCUGGCCAAGGCCAAGUCGGUGUACGCGGCCUCCACCGCUAACCUGGGCUACUACUCGGUCCAGGACUGGAACAUCUCGGCCGUGUACAACAGCUCCACCUUCUACGACGACCUGGCCUGGGGCGCGGCCUGGCUGUUCAAGGCCACCGCCGACGACGCCUACCUGUCGGACGUCUACGACUACUACGUCAAGCACCUCGAGUUUGAGGCCGCGGUGUCCGACUUCAAGUUCGCCUUCGACUGGGACAACGUCUUCUGGCCCGCCAACGUGCUGCUGGCGCAGGAGACGGGGGGCGCCACCUUCCUCACCCAGUCCGAGCUGUACCUGAAGUCCUGGAUCUGCUCCAACAUGGCCGCCAACUACACGGAGAAGGGGCGCGCCUACAACGCCUUCUCCGCCUCCCUGGGCAGCACCAUGAACACCGCCUUUGCCGCGCUGGCCCUGGCCGACGUGCUGGGCGACGCCCAGGCCGACACCGUGUUCACCUACCGCUGCUGGGGCCUGGCCCAGGUCCGCUACGUCCUGGGCGACUCGGGCCGCUCGCUGACGGUGGGCGUGGGCAAGAACCCACCCACGCGCACUCAGGACCGCGACGCCGCCUGCCCGGAGGCGCCACAGGUGUGCAAUCGCGUGACGGGGCUGCUAUCGCCCGAGGAGGACACGCAUGUGCUGGAGGGCUCGCUUGUGUAUGGCUCCGGCAGGAGCGACGACUUUGCCGAUGUGCGCGACAGCACCGCCACCCGCGUCGGCAUCGAGAGCAACGCCGGAUACAUAGGCGCGCUGGCCGGGGUGUCGCAGCUGGACGACGGCAUGUGGGAGCUGUGCCUGCAGAAGUUUGGCAUCUACCGCCAGUCGCCCAUCUGCGGCAGCUUCAUCAACGUCUGA